AUGAAUCAUAUCAACACUAGAGCACAAGUCAUCGAAGCAUUCAAGGUAUUUGAUCGUGAUGGAAAUGGAUAUGUUACAGUCGAUUAUUUGAGAAAGGUUUUAAAUGAACUUGGUGAUAUGAUGCCACAAGAUGAGAUUGAAGAACUUAUUUAUGAAGCUGAUCCAAGCAAUUCAGGUUACAUCCAAUACGAAUCAUUUGUUGGAAUGUUAUUCUUGUGGGAUAAUUAA